UGUCUAGUGCACCCUCAAGUUCCACAGUUUCAAGAAGUUUUGUUCAUUCUUGUUCAAUACUCAUUGUUGAAACCAAGCUCUAAUUAUGUAAACGAAUGUUCAUAGCAAAGUAUAUGUAUGUUACACCUAAUAAAUUAAUCAAGAGUCAAUAUUAUAAAAUAUUUAAUAGGGAGAUUGAUCUGUAAAUUUGAGGAUGUAUUGCUUUAAUUUGUUAGUUAGCUUAAAGUAAACUUAACAUAUAAAUCAAUUUUAAUUUCUUGAAUAAAUAUUUGUAUAUACUAACUAGUAAUAUGAGUAGGAUCUUAUGGGCACAAAUCCUCCAGCUAAGGUCAACAAAUGGAAAGUCAACGAUAAAUAGAAUGAGAGGUUUCUUAGAAGUUAUAGAAAAGAGCAACCUCUGAUUGUAGAGUGAGUCAAUGAUUUUGGUUUAAUUUGCAUGGCACCAUUUUUCAAAGUCAUCCAUUUUUAUGCGGCACAUUCAUACUCUUUUUAUUAAUUAAUUCCCCAAUUGGCUAUGUAUAUAUAUAAAUACCUUAGACUAUACCCUUGAGAUGAUAGAAGGCAAAGAAAAUUGCACCAAUUUAAUUAAUUUUAGGAUGGAUAGUAAUAGUGCACCUUCAAGUUCCACAGUUUCAAGAAGUGUGAUUCUCGUUUUGAGGGUCUUAACCUUUGUGUUCCUUCUCAUUGCUCUCAUACUCAUUUCUGUAACCAAGGGCACUGAAGAUACAACAAAUGGUUCUGUAGAAGCCAAGUUCAGCGACAUUCAUGCUUAUCGAUACAUGAUCUCGACAAUAGUCAUUGGAUUUGUAUACAACCUCAUGCAAAUGGUGCUCUCAAUCUUCAAUGUGGUAUCUGAAAAGCAUGUAUGCGGUGAUUUUGGCUAUGUAUUUGAUUUCUUUGGUGACAAGAUUAUAUCAUAUUUCCUAAUUUCGGGUUCAGCUGCUGGAUAUGGCGCCUCUGAAGAUUUACACAGAUUUUUCAAAGCAGAAGAUCUUCCUUUCAAUUCGUUUUUUGCAAAAGCAAACGCCUCAGCGAGCCUUCUCCUUGUUGGAUUUCUUUGCAAUGCCAUAGCAUCAAUUUUCACGUCAUUUGCUUUGCCAAAGAAAGCUUAAAUUAUCAGAUAGCUUGUUAUUACACGUUAUAGAUUUCUUGUUUUCUUUGCGUUUAAUUGUCAUUUGUCUUUAGUUUUAUUUAUUAAUUAAUUCCUCUAGUACGCAGCAUCGCAAUUGUACUUAAUUACUUUGGGUUUUGAAUAGAACGAAAUUUUAUUGUUCUCCAUCAUUCA